GAUCAUGCUGUCUUAGGAAUCUCAAAAGUGCUGCUCCCACGACCUAACUACGAAAAUUUCAAGGCUGGGGUAGUCUGAAGCGCAAUAAGAGGAAAGGGGGUAAUGGGUCGCCAUGUCAUGAAACGUGGCUUCGAGACCUGAGAGCUGAGAAAGGGUCUGGGAGAUUAGAUGACGUACUCCAUUUGCUCUCUUAGUGCAAUGAUCCAGAAAGAUUGUACCAGAUCCUUGGCGCCCACUCAAACCUCACGAGAUUCGCCGAGCACUGUCACAGCUUCUGGGAUAAAUAGAAAUGGAAUCGACGAUGACAAUACCAAGCUCCUUGAUAGUGGUAUAACAAUUAGUCUUCCACCAAAAUCACGCUUCCUUCGCCUGUGGCCCUGGCUAAGCCAUGGUGUACUGAUGUCCAUAACUCUGUGGUUCUUCAUACAAUGGGCACGGUCACCUUCGAUAGAUGACGUAGUUCUAUAUUCUCCAGCAAACGAGGCAAUUGAAUCCAUCGGCAUCAUAAAAUUCAACGGAAGUUUCAAUGCUCCUUCCAUAUAUCGUGGCACUCCAUCCCCAGAGCUCGACGCCACUUGGGAUAGGAUAUCUCUUGAUGUGCGCCCACUCCGUAUGACACAUGAGCAACUGCUCAGAAUGGGGGAGAAACCUUCUCCCUCCAUGGCUAGGUAUCCGGACGAAUACGGUGGAGGUUACGUAGCAACUGUAGAAGUCAUUCAUCAGCUCCAUUGCUUAGACAUGCUACGCAAAGCCAGCUGGGGUAACGAGUCCUUUCAGCAUGGGGGCAUACAUAAACACGACACCUCUCGUACCCAUCUCGACCACUGCAUUGAGAUGCUCAGGCAGUUCACUAUGUGUAGUGGUGAUGUUACCAUGAUAACUCAUGAUUGGAUCGAGGGAAGGACAACUCCAUUCGCUGAUUUCAAUGUUCCUCACAAAUGUAGAAACUUUGAGAAGAUCUUAGAUUGGGUCGACGAGCAUCGUGUUUGGAUCCCUAAAGGCAAGUUGGUCCGCUUGGAGGGUAACGUGGACCUGCCCUCGCUCCCUUGAUCGCAUUCUUGUUGUAUUCUCUCCAUAUGAAACAUUCUCUCCCUAUGAUGGUGGAUGUAGUCACAGAAGUGUUUGAUAUUCAAUUUGAUUUCUAUCCCAGGGUACCUACUAUGUUCAUGGCGGGCCGCAGUGUAGGCAUUAUCAAGCAAUUUGUAAUCCAUCUUGACUACUCAUCUUGCCGCU